GACGUCCCAUUUGCAAAGAAUUACGACAACGAACCCAUAGUAUUAAUAGCAGCCGGUCACAACUCAGAAGGCAACAAUUUGAAGCCAAUAUACAUGUCCGUGACCCCAUGGAUUGAGGUAUUCACAAAUUAUUUAACUAAUAUACAACAUACUUUAAUCAAAACAAGUAACAUCAAGCUGACAACCCUGUAGCAAAUGCGCAUAUGAGCUAAAUUACAUCAAGGUCUGUUCAUGCAGUCUGCCGUUUAUCAGUAAUAGUCGCACAGCGAAACAUUCCAUCUAUUUGUGCAUCUGUUAUUCAAGGUCAGUUUCCCAAUUUUUUUUUUUUUGUUUAGAUAGGAAGGUGACUCAGCUACAGGCGUUUAAGCGAACGUCUCUGAAAGUUGAGCUAUUACUGUUCUUGUAAGUAGAAUAUAUGAUGCUGGAUGAUUUGCUGAUUAUUUUACAGCACAUCAAGACUAGCGAAUUCCGCAUUUGUCUCAAGGAGUUGUUCGCUGACCAGCAUGAUCCUGUGAAUGUGUCCUAUACAGUACUAGCAGGUGUGUUAGUAAAUGAUAAAAACAAAUUGUCUUUGCGAAGACCUUCUCAUGCCCAGCAAGCUUUGGUAGAUGUCAAGUAAACUUAGAGACUCCUUGUUUCAUAUCUCCUUUAAGUAAUCACCAGUAAAAGUAUUUUCUUAGUUCCUACUUACCACAAGUAACGGUUUCUAUUUCCAAAAACUUCUCGGUCAGCUCGAACUUUUCACGGAACGAACCAAACUCUAAUUUGAGUCGACCUAACUUGAGUUAAGAUCGGCUGCUGGGUCAGAGGUCGAUCUUUAUAGGAGGCGUCGAACCAAUCAACUGAAUCAGAUCAGUAAUAAAAUUGUUUUCUCCCGAACGAUUCUUUAUUAUAUACAUACUGAGAAAUACUCACCAAAAAGCUAUGUCGUAAAUUUUCGUACGCAAAUUAGUUCUAGCCAAUCAGAGGAGCGAACGAUAGUUUUCACACGUGAAAAAAAAUGAUACGUCCAAUCAGAAUCGCGAACGAUGUUUUUUCACGUGUGAGAAAAAUGAUACGUCCAAUCAGAAGCCACAGAGGUGUGUGAGUUUCGCGCCAAAAUUCCCGCCUUUUAUUGCAGCUUGCAGCGCCGCUUCGCACACAUUCAAAGAGAAAAGUUUUACUAAAAGAGUUUUUCUCGCUAAAAAAGUGAAAAACAUUUCGGAAAUGGAGAGUGGAAUAGUUUCGUUUGUUUCACUGUCGAUAAAGAAAACGGUAGAGAGCCGGCGAAACAACAGCGGAAAGGGAAAAACAGAACGAGAAGUAAGCUUUUGUUGUGCUUUUUGUCGGAGCUACUUUGCCUUUCAUUUAAGCUUAAGCUUAUAUUGAAACCGGCCAUUUUACUUAAAUUCACUCAUUUUCAAUCGUGCAUUGAGAACAAACAGUUGAGAUUAUUUAUAGUUCUUGGAUUACUUCAUAUCCUUACCGUUAUUUAUGUUUUUAACAAACGUAUUUACUAAAAAGAUGAUACUUCGUUUUCGUUGUCAUUUUGCGGUAAGUGUGUAGCGGCAAAUUUUAGCAUUUUGAAAGAUUUAAAAUAAAAAGCCCGCCAAAAUGAUGAAUGUCUCAGUAUGUAUAUAAUAAACACAAUACCACAUGGAAAGUGCUAGUACGGUAUUUACGCACUCGUUGUUUUUGUAUCAGAAAUCUUACUCGUUCGCUGCGCUCACUCGUUCGAUUUCUGAUACGUCGACAACUCGUGCGUAAAUACCGUACGCCAGCACCUUCCAUGAAGUAUUCUCUAUAUAUACAUUAUCGAAUAAUUUUUUUAAAUUUAUUAGUUUAGUUCGUCACAUGUGAAGAUCGACGUUUGGCCCGGAGACGAUCUUCGGACGCUCUGUCCGUUUACACGUGUUGGACGAUCCAAACUCAUUCGGACGAACUUAACUGAGCCAGGCGUCGCUAAGAACGUUUCAUGAACUUAAAUCACCAAGUUUGGUUUGUCUCCUGAAAAGUUCGACGUUUGGCCUAGCCUUUGUCACGCACAAUUUACUUCACACAAAAUGUUUUGUGUAUUGCAGAUGUAUGUAAACCGGGCUGGUCAUAUUUUAAUGGUAUUUGCUACUCGACAAGCCAUUCGUGCAAAAAUUGGACCGAAGCUGAGAAAACCUGCCAAGCAUACAGCGGCAACCUCAUCACUGUGCGGAAUCAAGAAGAAAACGUCUAUAUUCAGCAUCGGCUGAAUGGUGCCAAGGGCUGGAUUGGGCUAAACGAUAGGGUAAUUGAGGGUACUUUUGACUGGGCAGAUAAUCAAACCAGUAACUUUUCAUAUUGGGCGAAGAACCAACCAAACAACUUCAACAAUGAAGAUUGCGUUCACACUUUGGGAAUCAGGCAUAGUUUUAUGUGGAACGAUGUAAGCUGUGGUACUUGCCAUAACUAUACCUGUUCAGAAGGUUUGUGGGUGACUUACCUCUUUUAUAUACCAACAGGCGUUACUAUUAUUAUUAUUAUUAUUAUUAUUAUUAUUAUUAUUAUUAUUAUUAUUAUUAUUAUUAUUAUUAUGCAGUUAAAACUUUUGUAUGCUAUAGCUAUAUACAGUUAAAAUAGUGUGACGGGACGCGUGAGCGUAACCCGUUUACUAUAGUGAGAACUUUUUGUAAAAACAUGAAUUUAAAAUUUAAAAAUAUACAUAUACAAUAUAAAAAAAUAUCACUAUAAAUAAUGUUCCAAAAAAAACAAUAAAUAAAAAAAAUAAAAUAAAAAAAUGAUAAAACUGUUCAAGAUAUCUAGAAUCUAAAAUGAUGAUUAUAGUCUUUAAAGUUCUCUUAAAUAUAUUACUUAUUCGGCUGUAAAUUAAUUCAUUGACGAUUACUUCAUACCUGUAAAAGUCCAAAAGAUGUUGGAGGAAAAGAGUUAAUAAUUUCGAAAGCGUUAUUCAUUGUUCAUGUUGCAACCUUGAAUGUUCUAAAGAUGUUUAGUGUUCCGAGAGUACAGAAUUCUGCAUGUUAUAAAGAACUUCCUCGUACUUCCGACUAACUGCUUCAGCUCGGCACCACCCCCUAACACGUUCAUUAUGAUAUUAUAUUGUUUCACUUCAUAUCCUUGGUACUUCUGCUUAAUGUACUUGUUCUGUGCAAGGGCAGUACAACCAGCCAGGACAUGGGCGACACUUUCAGGAGCCUUAUUGCAUAGCCUGCACGUUACCUCACCCGUCAUAUCCGUGUGCGUUUUCUGGCAGGCAUACAACCUCUUAGGUAUUAUUAUUAUUAUUAUUAUUAUUAUUAUUAUUAUUAUUAUUAUUAUUCAUUAGUUCCUAUUCAAAAGCCAUUUCCGAUUUGCCCCAAACCUGUUUCAAAAAGAGAUUAUAAAACUACUUCCUCAUGAAAGCGUUUGCUCUUGACCUCAUUUUGAAAGUGUGGGUAUUUUUAGAAAUCGAAAAUGGUCUAUUUAAGCGUUUCCAGGCGUUAAGAGUUAUUUUUAUUUAUUUUAUUUCUAUUUUCAGAGAAGAUCCUAAUUGACUUUCACCAAUUUACACCUCAAUAACCAAUUGGCCAUAUUUGCACGAUGACGUCAUUUUACUAUUACUACUACCAGAAUCCUUCAGGGUAUUGCUUUCUUAUGCAAAUUACGGCUUUUGUUAUUUAAACCUCACUGGGAUUAGCAAAUUUAAAUAUCAAAGAAAAAACGAAAAGAAUUCUGGUCCUAGUAGUGAAAAGGCGUCGUCGUGCAAAUGGCCCAUUUCUCUGGCUUCUUAGAUGACAAAAAGUUUGAGUCUACUGUAAAUCUGUUUGUUGCAGAAAUAGUAUAAAUUAAAGGAUUAGUCUACAAAGAAAAAUAGGCACUACUUGUGCGAAAAAGAAAUUAGACGUCAAAAAAAGGAUCCAUAAGCUGGAGCUUUUAGCACUGCAUUCAUACACAACAGUUUUCGUGCUGAUUGACUCAUAUGAGCAACGAUUUUAAAUUUUGAUUGACAAACGAUCGUUUCGUUAUUUGUUUUGCAGGUUGAUUGACUGAACGAUUGUUUUAUAUUCCUUUUUAAAAUUAGAUUUUGAUGAAUGUGGAGGAAACAAUAACCAUUGUCAUCAGAACGCCAUCUGCACAAACACUAUUGGCUCCUAUAGCUGCCGGUGCUCCGUAGGAUAUGCCGGUGAUGGCUUGCUUUGUAGAGGUAUUAUGUUCGAAGCCCCAAGUUGCAGUUUUUCGUUUAAUUCGUGAAGCAUAAUUUUGAAAGAUCCUCAUCCAACGGUAAAGAGACAUCUCUUGUGAGUUUAAGGCUAGCUUAGGGCGAAUUUCUAAGGUAGAAUAAGCAUGCUUUUACCGUAAAAUUGCCUGAAAAUUUAGUUUUCAAAUAACUCUUUAGAGGGGUUUAAAUACUGUGCAGCGUAUAAUAGUAGUAAAAUAAGCGUUUAAACAUAGGCUGGAAUAAAUUAGGAGGGAGAUCUUCUCAGCAACUUUUUUUUUUCCAGUUUCAGAGAUGAUAAAAUUUGGACAUUAACAUAAUCUCUAUGAACAACACUGAGCAAUGAAGUUUCUUAACUAUCCUAAUUUUAUAGUAUAUAGGAAUGCAGACCAUACUAUAGUUUUAAAUACAGCCCAAAAAAGGAAUUAAAGUACGUACGUGGAUUUCCCUACAAUUCUUGAGACUACGUAGCUUUCCGCUCUGGUUACAAAUUUCACAACAAACCGGAGCGGCGACGCUUGUUAGAUCUUGUUACGCGGGCUUAAACUUUCGGGGAUUCAUCAUGAGAGGCUUUCUUGUAUGCUGAUGGGGCUAAUAUGCUAGAAGCUUCAAAAUCGUACGGUACUUUGAAUUCCUUGAAACAUUCGUAAAGAGUAAUUUUUUUCCUUCAGAUAUCGACGAAUGUUCUUCAGGUCACCAGUGUGACAGCAGUGCGACUUGUUAUAAUACAGAUGGAUCCUACACUUGCACAUGUAACAGCGGCUUCACGGGGGAUGGACGAACCUGUCGAGGUACAAGCCUUUGAAUAAAUACUGAAUACUAUAAACGACAGCUCUGUAAAGCUUUUCGAAAAAUUAGGUUGUCUGGCCAUAGGUGACAUCAUACGUAUAGCAAAACUUCUCAUUCUACACAAAGUGAGUCAGGAUCAUCGUCCUGAUUAUUUCACGUCCUAUUUCAAACAUGUCCGCUCUUCACAUGCUCGUAGUACUAGAUCCGCUAACCAUAACAACGUUCUGACACCUCUCCGUUAAUGAAACGGCUCAGGACUUAGCAUAGGAAGAUAGCAAGUGCUUGUCGUUUAUAGAAAAAGUGAGGUCACUCGUAUAUAGAGACAUAGUUUCCCACGCAAUGUUCAGAAAAGCACUGUCUACUGAUAAGUUUACCAAUUAAGACAACGCCUCGUUAGCACAUUUUAAGGUUUGCAGAUCUUUUUUUCAUAACUAAUACCUGUUGUGUGGAGGAUGAUUAUGAAAACUACCCGGUAAACGGUAAUGUCUCCACCCUCGUUGUUCUUCUCGUUCUUGUUCUUCCUCUUCUUCUACUGAUGUCGUUUAAGAAGAAACAAAAAGCAAACUGCGGUGAUAAACAUAACGAAAUGUAAACGCAUUUCUGGGAAGAAAAAAGACUUUAACUUGACGUCUCGUCAAGCGGCGGCCCGUGCCCCCUCCUUAUUUAGGUUUAUUUUUAGGCUAAACGGACGCCCGAAGGGUUGAAUAAAAUCAAUUUCUCGGCCGGGUCCUCUACUUACUUGCAGAUCUGAAUUCGCCACUGCUUACAUGCAUGCACAUAAUUGAAAGUCAUUUCUUCUCAAUGGUCUUCUAGUGUUCUUCUUAUGUCUUGAAAAGUUCACUCCUAUGACUAUGACAUUCGUUGACAAAAAAGAAGGCCCAGCUUGAAAUAAAUAAAAGUUUUCUUAUCUUCCAGAUGUUGAUGAAUGCUCGCUCAAAACCCAUGACUGUCACUCCCAUGCAAUCUGCACUAACACAGAAGGCUCAUUUACUUGCAAGUGCGACGUGAAUGCACAUUACAUUGGUGACGGGAAAACAUGCACUCCUCAUCGUAAGGCGAAUAAAAUGUUUUCCUUCAUUUUGUUCUACCACUACUCUGACAAUUGUUAACUUCUAUUUUCUGGGAAAAGGUAUACACCAAUAUUUAUGUCGGCAAAGAGCUACCCCUCGCCUGCCUGUCGAUCAUCUUGAUUAUGCUCUUGUCCAAGAAUAUACUCUUAAUGAAAUUUCAAAUGUACCGAAAGCGAGAUUUGCUUGUUUAUUAUUUCGAUUGCUUCUGACUUUCUUGGGUACUUUAAUUCUGAGUGUAUUUUAGGCUAACCCCGCUGAUAUGUUUAAUUAGUAAAGUGGUUCUUUUUUAGGUAUAGCAAUUACUGGAGUCGUUGUCAGUUUCCGAAAUACAGCAUCUUUAAAAAGGAUGAAUUUCCGAUUUACUUUCUUCUUACCAGGUGGCCUCGAUGACUCCGUUAUUUUAGCGAACGAUGCCAGCAAGAUAUCGCAGUUAAAUACCUGGCUUCUUCCGCACUUGCAAAGUCAAGACAGAAGUUAUUGGAAACUGUGUUAUAGGGCCUCCAAUCAUGGCUGGAGAUCACGGACCUUUCACAGCUAUUGCGAUAACAAAGGUCCCACUGUAACGAUUGUUAGAGUCGGGAUCUAUAUUUUUGGAGGCUACAACGACAAUUCGUGGCAAUGUAAGUGCGUGAAAUAGCUAACUAAGAUACCUACUAGGAAGGCUUCAACUGGUUGAACUGAAUUAAGCCAAGGGGUCGUUGACCCCAGAUGUGAAAGAAAGAAGAGAUGGAGCCUUAACAGUUUUCGCUAGUAGUUCAAAACAACUCUAGUCUUAAAUUGAGUUUUGUUUAUCACUCGCAAUAUUGUGUAGUAAUUUUUAAAACGUCGGCGUAAGAGAUUAAUCAAAUACUCACAAGACAAACUUACCUCGGGUCCGUUUUGUCGCACUUUGUAAUAAUCGUCGCACUUUGUAAAAAAAAUUGUCGCAUUUUGUAAUAAAAAUGAGGUCGCACCUUGUAAUAACAUUUGUCGUACUUUCAAUUGCCAACUUGAAAUGUGGAUCGAUGCUCGGAGGAAAAGUAAACCCGAUAAUAAGUAUCAUCAUCGACAACAACAGUAAUGAUAAUUACUCAACUGAACUGUUUUCAGCUCCAGUUUCUCAAGUGGGCGCGGAGGAAAGUGUUCGCAUCAACUGCGGCCUUCCGGCUUCCAGAUCUUUGUAGGGAGUGAGUUCAACUCUUUCUAAAAUAAGAUAAAAUAACCAAAUGGCAAAUUUUGGGUUCAUUUUUUAACAGAGAUUAUUUCUCUCGGAAUUUCAUUACUUGCUGAUUUCUUUGCUUUCUAAGCAUCGUUUUAAGCACAGCUCAAUUUUUCAAUAAUGAUUACCUCGAUUUAUUCGGGUUACAAGUAAAAUGGAAAACACUUCGUUAAUUAAUAUCCUAAAAAUGGCGGAUCCAAGAUAGCGGAUGGUUCAGGAUCUUUCUUUAACAAUGAAUAACGUCGUCAUGACAUCACCACUAUUUUUUUAGAUAAUUAAUGUGUUUGGAUUUUAGAGGUUGACAGUUUUUUUUUUAUUGAAAUGAAAUGUUUUUAAUUCGAAUAAAUUUUUCUUAGUUAAAUUAACUUUUUUUAAGCUAAAUUAAGUGCUUUUUAAAUCGACAGGAAUUGUAAAUAGUGUUUUUGAAUGAAUAGUUUUUUUCUUUUUUUAAGCGAAUUAAUUGUAAAUAGGAUUUUAUUUAAAAAAAAUUAAUGUGUUUGUAUUAUUAUUAUUAUUAUUAUUAUCAUUAUUGUUAUUAUUAUUAUUACUAUUAUUAUUGUAAUUAUUACUACUAAUUAUUGUAUUGUUUUAUUUGUUUUGUCGAUGCUGAUACUUGUUAUUGUUGGGUUUACUUAUCCUCCGACCGUGCAUUUUAAGUUUAUUACAAAAUGCGGCAAGUGUUUUUACAAAUUGCAACAGCUUGUGCGAUAAGUGGUAUUACAAUGUGCGACAAUUUUAUUAUUAAAAAAGGUGCGACUGAACACGGGUCACAACGUUGUUGUAACAUAAAUUGCAUUUUAAACAUUUGCCUUCAGUAUUAUUCGUCUGAAAGCACACUUUGAAAAACUUUUGUGACAACCAGUCAGCCUGCCAGUAAGUUUUGAGUAGUACAGGUCUGACACUGCAUUUUCCACGCAUUAUCGGUGAUGACAAUUAUUUUAGCCACAGGGUCCUACUUUUAAACAACCGCUUGGCCGUGCGUCUUCUUGUACGAUCGGGGAUCAGGCGUAUUCAGAAAGAUAAUUGAUUAUAUACCACUCUCCUGCUCUCCGUGAUUUAGGCCCGUUUCAAACGUCGUGCUACUGCCGUGCCGAACUCAAUUGAUCGAAUUAAAUUCGACUUUAGCACGGCAGUAGCGCGACGUUUGAAACCAAGUCGUGCUACUGCCGUGUAGCACGGCAAGCCUUGCCGUGCUACACGGCAGUAGCUCGACUUGGUUUCAAACGUCCUGCUACCGCCGUGCCGAACUCAAUUCAUAAAUUAUAAAUACAUUAGAAUAUAUUUAAAAGUUUGUUAAACCGUUUUUUUAUUUUUGUGUUUUGUUUUUGGCAACAGCCGUUCCAUUCGACUGUCAUAUUGUGUGAAUUAAAUUCGACGUCUGAAACCAAGUCGUGCUAGUGUCGUGCUGCAGUCGAUCUACAGUCGAGCCAGCUUAGCACGGCAGUAGCACGACGUUUGAAACAGACCUUACUAACCCACCAUCUUUUCCUACAAAUAGACCAUUUUACAGUUGUGGGCUUUAAUUUGUACCCUAGACUCGAAUGAGUGUGAAGCUAAGGGUACAUGCCAACCUCCUUUGUUUUCCUAUGUAAAUUAUGUUUGAAAAAUUAUUAUACUAGUUAGCAUGAGAAAACAAUGCAAGAUUUAGAUAAAGAAGCAGAAAUCUUAUGGUUAUAUCAAAACAAGGUCCAUUCCAGCCUCGUUUCGAUCCAUAACUGUAAAAUGGUCUAUUGAACUCGACUGAGCUACAAUGGAUCUCUAAUUGUUUGUGUUUUGAUUUUUGUCUCUUCAUGAUCAGGGUCUGCUGGUUAUCAAUAUUCGACAAAUACCUUCUUAUACUCACUGAAAAACUACUACGGUUAUGGAUAUUUCAAAAAGGACAUAGACUACAACUAUCAAUACGCCACGUACAGCAACUAUGACUGUUUUCCAACUUUUGGGAGCCAUGAUAUCUACAUUGCAGACAAUGCAGGAUACAAUACUAAUUCUUGGUUUAAUAAUUGUAAGCAGUACCGAAAGCCAUAUUGUGACUAUAAAAUCUGGGUUGGAACACAAUACGGGAAUAAUUUCCGCCCGGAUGAGUUGGAGGUUUAUUAUGAAGUGCUUGCUUAA